GGGGGAGGGAAGCAGGGAGAGAUCAUUUGGAACUUCCCAUGUUCCCGGCACUCAACUCUCCACCGCGAUUCCUCCCAUUCGUUCCUUCGAGUGAGUGAGUGAGUGAGUUCCUGCACCACCCCCUACGUCCAGGCUUCCUCACGCUCUUUCCUUGUUCUCCACGAUUCUGUUUCCAGCCCUCAUCAUUCCCCCUCCCACUUCGAUUCUCCAAUCCUCAAUGACUAUGGAAUUUCUCGCUCACGCUGCUGGCGUUCUCCUGUCGUGCUCCGCACGUUAGCCGCUGAUCCCGUCGUGGCACUGUUAACUGGAAAUUGAUUAAUCGGUGUAUGCUCGGAGGGGCGGGCGUGCGGGUGAAGGUUCGGGAUCCUCUAGAGGGGUGAGAGACGCAUUUCGUUCCGUAACCGCGUUCUUGGAGGUGCUCAUUGCUCCACAUCUGAAGCUGUCAGCGGUAGGGAGGCAAGGCAUUAUCCUCGCUGCUCUUAAGUGUAAGAAGAUUGAAUGGUGUAAAUCGUGUAGGAGCAUCACAGAACUGACGUUACUACCUCUUUGAAGGUUUCCAUUUUUUUCCGGUUAGGUCUCUUCUCAGCACGCUACAGCAGUUGCACUCUCAUUCGGCUCGCGAGUACAAUUCACUGUUUACAGUGCAAGAGUGCAGCCUAUGGAUGUGCAGAUGGAGCACGACGAAAGUGGUACCUUGGUUGGACACAUCUGCAACUCAUGGCUUCCCGUAUCUGAGGAGAUAAAGACCGAAACACGAAGGUUCAAUGAUGUAGUUGGCUUGCUGCAGUCUACAUGGAAGGACCAGAAUCCGGAAACGAAAUAUUCCGCAUUAAAGUGGAUUUCCCUCAUAUCCACAUAUUUGAGAGCGAAAGCACCAGUCGCUUUUGCAGAUCUUGAGACUGUAGUGCGAAUAGGACUGGAUGUCAUCUUGCAAACAUCAGAUAAUCUGUUUAUCCAGAUUCGAUGGGCUCAACUUCUAUCAAAGAUCCUCAAGAAGUUUCGUAGCAAAUUGAACCUGACAGUGGAAUGGCGUCCGCUGUACAAAAUUGUGUCUGAGACUCACUUCAAAAGGCGUCAAAGUUAUGAAGGGUUAGCAUUGAAGCAAAUUCAUCUUGAGCAGAUCACAUCACUCAUUCGGCGUUGUCGCCGUUUUUUCCCCUCUACUGCUGCUGUUGAGAUUUGGAAUGAAUUCAGACCUGCAUUUGACGACCUUUCACACAAUUCUGCUUUGGAGGCUGCUGGUUUUACUUGCCUGUUUCUUCCCAGUAAUCUUGACGGUCGUGAUGCAACGUCGAGCUUUUUAACGAGAGAUUGGCUUAUUGAGGUCAUGCGUAUAUGGGCGGCAAUGCCAAACUGUCGUUUUUGGACUUUUCAGUGGGCUACUCUUAUGAGUCGAGUUUUAAAGCAUUCGCACGACACUUUUGAUCAUUGGGAGGACUUUGUGCCUACUUUGUUCACAUUCUACUUGCAGUCUUUCGAGGUGCCUGUGGGUCGAGCUAGUGCGUCAUCACCAAUUCAAAGGGAAAUACCCAGAGAGGUUAUGGUUGCAUUUAACCAGGGCUGGUCAUUUUCCGCUUCCAAAGUUCAUGCCAAGUCAAUGGUUUAUCUGAUCAAGCCAAAUGGUGCAGCAUUGCCGUCACUUGACGUUUUGGUCGAUCUUCUUGAACAAUACUUUCAUCCAUCUAAUGGUGGUCAUUGGACAUCUUCUCUGGAGCAAUUUUUGCAGCACCUUGUGCGAUAUUUUCUGAAGCGUCUCUCAAAACAACGGAGCAGAGGGAGCAUAAAUCAGUUGGGGGAGAUGGAGAGAUCCACUUUUGUGAAGGCAAUGUUGCGGCUGAUUGAUAGGGGUCAGUACAGCAAAACUCCUGCUCUGGCUUCUACGGCGGCCAGUACUGCUUCAACCUUGGCAUUCAUAGAGCCAUAUGCGGUCUUGCCUCUUAUAGUGUCACGUUUUUACUCGGCAAUGGACACAAUAACUGCAACGCAUCAGUUGCAAACGGCAGUGACGAGUUUAGCUCUUGUAUCUCGAGCCAUUAUACUGGCAUCAGCAAAAGAAGAGGGUACUGAGCACUCUCACAUGUUGGAUACCGAGUCUGCCACAACUUUGAAAGAUACACUUGUGAUGGCGAUGUUCAGCACGUUAAUGGGGUUGGAUGCAAAUGAUCCACCUAAAACCCUGGCUACUAUGCAAUUUUAUUGUUCAGUUCUCUCAAGCAUUGGCGCAUUGGGAGAUGAGUCAGAUGGGGGAUCUACUGCUUUGUCAUUGGAUUGGUCUCAAUGGCUGAACGAAUUUCUCUCUCGUCUUUUUACUCUCUUGAUGCACCUGGAGCCAAGUAACCAAUCAGGGCCGGAGAUCGAGGACAGUUCUCAACUUUCUUCAAAAACUUUCCUGUUGGAAGGAGAUUCAUAUUACCGUCAUGUGCUUGAGCUGCUUUUUGGAAGAUUAACAAAAUCUCUGUACCAGCAGGCUGUACGCAAGGUAGCCGAGUUCCUUCAUGGACAAGUGCUGCCUGGUGCUGUAGCAGAAAUUGGGUUUUUAUGCUCAGCUGCUGUCUAUGCAAAUCCACAAUACGCCGUGCCACAGUUGCUAGAACCUCUAAUAAAUUCAGUGCUUUCAGCUUUGGCUGAUACACCCUCGACAGGAUUCAGUGGACACGGGUCUCGAGGUUCUUCAGCGGAAUUUAAGGUGGGACUAUCACCAGGAUUGGAGUUAUCGGUUCGUUACCAGCUCAAUGUCUUAGGGAUUGCUUUAACUUUUAGUGGUGCUGUGCUUCUUCGGUACAAUGAUCUGCUCAUUGAACUUAUUUCGGCUGCCUUCGAUGCUCCAUCCAAGAAGGUCAACGAGGCUGGUGGCAGGGUGUUGACAAGUGUGCUUUCAGGCAUGGUUUCAUUUUAUCCUCUUGAUCAAUUUAAGAUCAUAACUGGGAUUGAUGGUGUUGAGGACUGGGUGAGUAACAAGGACACUUUAGAGUGUCCAGUUUGGCAUCUUCCUGAAGCAGCUGAACUGUCGUUUGCAAAUCAGUUGCUCAAUUUGCAUCUGGAGAGGUCAUUGGCAGACCUUCGCUUCAUUUGCCAAGAAAAGAAACUGGAAGAAAAUCCAGGUCAGAUCAAAGAGCAAUUGCGUGUUCUUCUACUUCGAGUGGAUGCUUCACUACAUGGCGUACAGUCAAGCUUGCCUGACUUUCAAUUACUUUCAGAGGAUGAAAAGGGUCGCUCUUUGACAGUGGCAGGGGCUGCUGGUGCUUCUGUUGGAAGCAGAGCAUUACGAGAAGAUGCAGCUGACACGCUGCACACAGUAUUCAUGUACUUGUUCGAGAAGAGAGCCGAUGAUACUGCUUUGCUUAUGUUGCUGGUUCGAAUUAUAGACACCGUGGUCAACUUUGGUUGGAGCGAAUACGGUCACUGGUCGCAAGAGCGACAGUUGUGGCGCUCAGUAUCAAAGAGAUUUUCUGAACCAAAAGUUAAUUAUAUAACGAAUGCUGAUGGCAAGGGCAAGCGCAGGCCACGCUGGUUGGUGGUGGAAAUAGUAUAUGCACAGAGUGCAUUGAGGGCUUCACAAGCUGGUUACCGACAUUACAGUCGUGACACUACAACUCAUAUUGUUCCUUCUCAUGUUACGGCUUUGACGAAUGACCUUCUCCGAUUGUCAUUGCAUCGCUAUGAUGCAGUCAGAACCGCCGCGGCAGGGUCACUGUUGAAGGUGAUGAAGCGCUUUCCCAGUUUAGUAAAGGAGUGCAUGCCAAUGCUAACUUCGAGUCUGCAAGAUCCUGCAGCCAUUGAGGAUUCUGCUUUGGGAGCUUGCCAGAUCUUAUCAUCUAGAUCCAUAAUCAGACAUUUGAUGCAGGAUUGGAACGACUUGGUUGAAUUCUUGAUGGCUAUUCUUAACAGUUCCCAUCAUGAUUCUGUCAAAGCUCAAGCCGCCAUCAAUGAGAUUUUUAUUGUUUUCAAUGUGCGAUUUGGGGGCCUCCCUGCACGUGCUUGGUCAUCUCAAAAAGGGAAUACUGGGGAUGUAUCCCUUGCUGAUUUCGUGUCACAUAUCAAAAGUCUUGGAGAUGGAGCUGGGAAUAUGCACUGGAGAUAUACCAUCAUGGCCCAAGCUAUGCUGCUACUGCUGGCGGCACCUGGCCAAUCAUCUACAGACUCAUUCGAGCCAUCAAAUACAGCUUUGGAAACAAGACAACUUAUCACUGGUCAAUUUCUUAAUAAUCUUAAAAGUGAACUUCCACCUCUUCGACCUUUGUCAGUAGCAGCAUUAUUGCUGCUCCUACAACCUGGUCCUUACAAAGUGCCUGCAGCACAGGGGCCUCCUAAGCAUAGAGCAGCACUGCAAUUGGCUAAGCAGAGUGUUGCAACUAUAUUCCAAGAGGAAAAGUACGCCGAAACAGUGGUAAAUAACCUUGGUUUUGAUCAUAUAUUUGCGGGAGAGUCAGGAAGAAGCUCCAGAUCAAUGCUACUAUCCAUGCCAGAACUGGGGUUAACAGCUCUGCUGCCAUCAUUUGUUCGAGAAUGGCCUCGGACAAGGACUUGGAAUGCUGGCAUGAGUGGUGAAGCGUUCUCCUCAAACCAUGCAAAGUUUUUUAAACGUUUGGUUCAAGAAGGUGGAGAAACUGUGUUGAUCGCAGUUCGUGGACCUCUUGAAGUGGCUGUUCAGUCAAUAGAGGAGCGAGGGAAGCAGUGCGUUGCUGCAGAAUUAGUUGCUGGUGUGCUACAUUCGGAUGUCCAAUCUGUGCUGGAUGCGUGGUCAGUAUGGAUUCGCCCACUUCUGCGAAAGGCGCUCUUGCAGUCUACAGUGGAGUCUGCGCCAGAAUGGGCUGCAUGUGUACGUUUUGCUGUGACUGGAAAGGGGCGCUUGGGCCGAAAUGCUCCUCUGCUGCGCUCUCAGGUUUUGGAAAGUUUAGUCGAACCGCUGGCACAAUCCUCGGCAUCGACUAGCUUAGUUACCAAACGCCUGAUGUUUUUGCGAGCAGCACUUGUUGAAGUAUCAUCAGCCUCAUGGUCUACUAGUAACGUGCUUUAUCAGUCAACUAUUCUUUCCGAGUUAAUGUCGUGCAUGACCCAUCCAGCAGCUCAGGUUCGAGAAGGGGUUGGAAACCUGAUGUGCGUUGUGGCUAGCAACCUCGAACACCUGUUUGCGUUGCACAAAGGAGUCAUUGAGGCAGGCGCCACUAUGGAGGAAACACUAGUAGUGGACGAAAGUGUUAAAAAAUGGAGCUUUGAGAUGGUUGAAGGUGCAACAGCUGCAGCAGUUAAGAUUCAGGCGGGUACAGGACUAUCCCUCGGAGGUACAGCCUUGGCAGCUCUAGGUGGUGUUGGUCCAUCAAGUAGUGCCAAUGAAGAUGAUGAAGGUACUGAAGUGGAGGCUGCUUCAAAGUGGAUGGAAACCACUCUCUACUUUGUGAUUGCUAGUCUGAAGUCGGGCAGAGCAGUUCCACUCAACGGCAUCAUCGUUGGACUUCUUCGACCAAUUCUCUCCAUACAGGAAUGUUCAGAUAAGGAGCUGUCUAGUCUGGCGAAGAGGGCGUUGCAACUAUUGAAUUCCGCAGCACCAUUUGACAUUGACCAUAUAGAUGGUGCUGUGAUAGCGGUACUUGGCGCUGCAACGGAUGCGAACUGGCAUACUCGUGUUUCCGCUUUGACUUUCCUACAAUCUCUGGUCUACAGGCAUACUUUCAUCUUGGGAGGUGAUGCAACGGAGGCCUUGUGGAGACAAGUUCAGGAUUUACUCUCGGAUCCGCAACUUGAGGUGAGGGAGUCAGCAGCAACAACCCUAUCAGGCAUGCUCAAAGGAACAGAUAGCAAGCAGGCCAAGGCCUUCCGUGAGCAAGUCACGAGUACCGUAUCUAGCCUUCAAGGUUCACCUGGAGGGAAAAAGCCCAGAAAACGAGGAGUAGGUGAAACUGGCUUGAGCAUCAAUGCUCUCCAUAGAAUUGUCUUGGGCCUUGCAGCAUGUAUAUUGUCUGUUCCAUAUGAUAUGCCCAGUUGGUUACCAGAGAUGGUCACACAACUAGUUGCAUUUAGUCGUGAACCGGCACCAGUUCGUAGCACUGUGUCCAAGACUAUCGCUGAAUUCCGACGUACACACUCGGACACUUGGAGUUUUCAAAAAGCUGCUUUCAGUGAUGACCAGCUAGAGGUUCUUUCUGAUUUGACUUCAUCGGCUUCAUAUUUUGCGUGAUCCUUCUGUACACCGUUGACACUCGAGUUUCAAGCUGAAUACUGGCUUGAAUUCAUGUAGUCAUUGUCAGCUUUUACAGAAACUAGUCGAGACUACUUUAUAAUCGAGUUCAUUCGACUUUCAAGUUAUUAUUCAUCGUCAUGCACAUGUGACCCAUAAAGUCAACAUCCAAUAGGACAUGAUGCUACAUUGAUGCUGAAGUGGCUCAAUAUCAUUCCUUUAAUUAAUAGAAUUCUGAGAUAAAUUCUUAGCUGUUGAUAAUAAUUUGAAAAAUUAUCUUGUCAAUCUUGUCUUCCAGCAGUCUUUCAAUUGUGAAGGACAAGCCAUUGCAGGCUGCCAGUAAAGUCAAUUUUUUUUCUCUUGC